UUUUACCAGCUUGCCGCUCCUCGCGUCGAAUCUGGAUUUUGAAAUCCAAUCUAGCUGAAAUUCAAACCUCACAGUAGUCUCUUCACUCGUCGUGCUCCGGCUUAGUGGUUCUAGAUUGGAUUCGGAAAUGGAAGCCAAAGCUAUUGUAGCUGACAAGUGUAAAGCUCUGACGAAAUCCACCCAGGAUUUCUUCGACUCUCUCAUCAAUGGACCUCCCAAACCUCCACCUCGCCGCAAUAAUAAUCCGAUUGCGAUAUUGAAGCGGUUGCAACGAGAAGCGUUUUCGGACUUGAUGAAACUGAGGGACAGGCAGGAUAAAGUGGAGAAGAUUGUGUCCUUGUAUGGGACUUCCCGAGGAAAAGGGAGUCCAUUCCAAGAGGCCAGCACCGUUAUCAGGGGAGAGUUUGAUCACUUGGGGGCGGUAUCGUUCAUGCAUAAUGAUGAUGAGUCUCAUCAGGAAUCCGAGGCUCUUACUCAAGCCGGAAUAUUAACUGGGGUUAAGUCAAGGUUCAGUGUUGAAACAAGUGUUCAGGAAAAUGAUACGCUUGUGGCGGAGUUUGUGGCCAGUGAGAAGCAUAAGAUUGAUCUCUCUGAUCUUUCAGAGUGCUCGCUUUCUCUAGCGAAAGUGGCGUAUACUGCAAAUGUUAGUAACUGGUUAUCGGCAAUUGCGAUCCCGGUGGGAGCUCAAUGUAGGGAUGUUGCUGUUCUUACAAAUCCUUCUCAUCAGGGAAAGGGCCUAACUCAUUUUUCAUCAUUUGGACCACCUCUUCUAAAUGAGCGCAAUGGUAGUGCAAUUGGCUUGAUGGUGAAAAAAUCAAAUGUUGUUGCUUCAUUGGCACAGUUUGUUUCUGGACAAGUAGGUUCUAGUAGAGUCGGGCGCUGCUUCAGCACCUUUGGGCAAGUUGUCUGUCAACUCCCUGCAAGAACAAAGCUCUCACUUAUGGGUCUUCACCAAGUGCCCAAGUUAUCUAGUGAGCAUGUCAAUCAUGUAGCUUCUAACUAUGGAUUAGGUGAUUUGGUGCAACAUCUAUCCCCUGAGACAACAGUUGAAGCAUAUACUCCACCCCUGGGAACAAGCUCACAGGGAAAUGUGUCAACUGGACCAACCGGAUCCAUUGCUCUGAUGCUAGAAUCCGAAAUUGAUGAGAUUACAAAGAUUGGAGGUUGGAUUGAGAUGAAGCAAUCAAAUCCCAAGAAUAUAGAAUGGGCUGUCACCGUAUCUGAUGACUCUGAAGAUUCCUUUGGAUGGGGACUGAGUUUAAAUGGGGGUCUGGGAGUUGAAGGUCCCGACAGUUGGAACCAUUUCCAGGUUGAAUCAUACUUGAAACUUAACUUGGGUAAGAGACUGAGUGUAAAGCCUGGUAUCACAACGCAUAUUGUGGAUGGCAAACCCAGAAUGACUGCUCUUAUGCUUCGUUCUAACUGGUUCCUCUGAGUGAUCGAAGACUCAUUUUUUGUGCUAGUCACUGAACCAAAUUGAUCCGAGGAUAGCAGCACAUUUAUCUUUUCUGAACAGUACUUGGCUUCUUAUGUUUAUAUGCUCUGUAUAAUGUAAGCGCAACUCUAAUGUAGUGUGAGCGUUUCUUCCUACUCUGCGAUGUGUUAGUGGUGAUCAUGUUCAUGCAAAAUGACAUCUAUGGAUCAGGAACUUGUGUCAUUGGUGAAUUGCAUAAAUGUUUUCUAGACUCUAGAGUAUAAAUCUCAGAACUUGAGUGAUGGUAUUUACUAUUUAGUUUAAAGAAGCUUCAG